GUAAAUUGAGACUACUGAUUCCCGAAUAAUGGUUCGAUAGAAUCGAAGUUAUCCAAUAAUUCACGGACACUCCUAAAAGCAGAGUUGGGCUUCAAUCUUUCUUACAUGAAAGAUCAAAGCAACUCUGCUUCCAGGGGUAAUUGAACGGGGACUGCUGAAAAACGGACAAAACUUGAAAAAAAGGUAAAAAAUUUAUGUUUUCAUUUAAUCGUAAGCCUCCGAGUAUUUCGAACUGAAGUUUGGUGUUUUUGUCGUUUCUCUUUUAUCUCAUCUUAACAACUGUUACACAUAGAUAAGAGUUUUAAUUCUGUACACGUCAAAACUGUUAAAUCCGAGAGGAACCCUAAGAUAAAACAUCUAAUUAUCCCUAAACAAAUAGAAAUUAUUGCUCCGGCGUAAUAGCUGACUUCUUAGCUUUAAUGUGGUAACUUAUAACUUCAAUUCGAAAGAUCCGCACUCCUACAGCUAAGACCCAAGCCAAGCCAAAGAGUUUCGUUGUGAUCUGUGUAGAGAUGAACUCAUCCACAUGGAUAUGACUGUGUAUGAACAAACACGUGUAAAAACAUAAAGUUCUACCUAGCAAUACUUAGCUUCAGAUUUUUGAGGUCACCACCUGGCAGACGUAAUUAAAGUUUACAGAGAGCUGUCAUGAGUUCAUCCAAUCAGAAGACGUAAUUACCGGUGCUAAGCACACGCCGUGUGAAAACAGUUUUGAGCUAAAAAUUGGAAACAAUAUCAGUAAUCUUGACAAGCUGCUGCUGAGCAAAACCUAAGAGCGAUUCAAAAAGCCUUUUAUCAUAAAUCAGUGGAUGAAGAACUUCUAUCCAUGGAAGAGGGUUUCCACUUUUCAGUGCUCCCGUUGCUGUUUGUGGUUGCAUCCUGGUCCGUUUUGCCUUACUGCAUCACGGUGGCGAACCUCGAUCUCUGCCGGCAUCUUAAGUUUACCACAGCAGUCGAUGGAUAUGCUCUGCAUGGCCACGUGAUUAAGAAUAUUUCUUUAAACUUGGGAACGCGUGCUUCUUGCAAAGGGCAAUGCACCAUAGAAAAUAACUGUGUGUCAAUCAACAUCGGUCCACCGAUAAACAAUAAAGUCUUAUGUCAGUUGAGUGACUCUGACCACAUUCGACACCCUGAUGAUCUUAAACCACGUGACGGUUUCAUGUACAGAGGCACCGAGAAUCCGUGCUCUAGUAACCCAUGUACUGAAAACACGACCUGCCUGAACGGAUUUACCAGCAAAAAAUACCUCUGCGUCUGUCAGACAGGUUAUACUGGAGAGCAAUGCGAGAACGAUAUCAAUGAAUGUGAUAACGACAUGAGCGGUUGUCACGUGUAUGCAGAUUGUAUCAACACCGCUGGAUCAUAUUAUUGUACUUGCAAGGCGGGGUCCACUGGAGACGGACGCAAAUGUUCAGCGUUUGCCCGGUCUUGCAAACAGCUGUUUGAUUCUAACUUAUCCGCAGGCAACAGAGCUUACCCACUGAAGCUGGGUUCAUCACUUGAAUUUAAUGUCUACUGUCACAUGACUAAUGACCUUGAGGCAUGCAGCAGUGGCAGUGGCAGUGGAUGGACACUGGUCAUGAAAAUUGACGGUGACAAGAUGACUUUCCACUACAAUUCCAGCCUUUGGAGCAACACGGAAACCUUCAACCUGAAAGGAGGGGAGACUGGGUUUGACUCACAAGAGACCAAGUUACCGACCUACUGGAAUACAUCCUUCUCCAAGAUCUGUCUUAGCAUGAAAAUCGGCCAGCAAAUCAAGUUCAUUGUCAUCAACAAGCAUGCAAACUCUCUGUACUCACUGAUUGCUGACGGGCAGUACCGUGCUACCUCACUAGGUCGUGACACUUGGAAAGCACUUAUUGGUUCGGAAGCAUCUUUGCAAACCAAUUGUAAUAAGGAAGGGUUCAACACCGUUGGAAGCAGCCUUAGACAUUCUAAAGCAAGAAUCGGUUGGAUAAGUAACAAUCAAAAUGAUUGCUUCACUUGCGAUUCUAGGAUCGGGUUUGGUACUGGAGGUGCCCAAGUUGACGCAAACUCGUGUGGCAAUGAAGCAUCGCUCGGACCAGAUAAUGGAGACAAGCACAUCAAAGCCAUCGGAUACAUCUUCAUUCAGUGACACUUUAAUGUAACCUGCCUACAAACCUUUUGUAAUGCCUUCCCAGAAAGUUUGUUCUACAGAAUUGUAACAGCGUACGCGAAAGUCCAAAAACCUAUUAGGGUCACGGGUAAAGGUGGUUAACCUUUAUUUGAUAGAAGUUAAAGGCGUUAGGACGAAAGAAGAAGAAAACACAAACACAAGUGUUCAUUAUAUUUUCUUCUAUCAGGCCAAAACACCGUGAACGAUGGUCGACUCCACUACUGGUAAACUAACACUACCCAAAAUGCCUUUGCUUCUGUAGGACAACUUCUCUCGAAAAAGCUUCUGUAUGAAUAUAUUGUAUAUGUACACACCGUAGACCUGCAAAAGUAUUUUUUUGUAGUGAAGGCGUACGAUUUUUUCUCACAAUAUUACGAUCAUUAUCAGUAAUUCCGUUGUCAUCCCAGUACGUUCCGGUUCUUUCCGGCUCGUUCCGAUUUAUUCCGUUCCAUUCCGGUCCGUUCGGGUUCACGAGUCCAGUUCAUUUUGGUUUCCUCCGAUAACGAUCCAACGUAUCCCUAGGCAAAAAUAAUUGUAAGCCGCAAGCUGUGUAAACGUUUGUCAAAAUCAUUUAACGUUCGAGUCCUCGUUAUUGAAAACUCAUCUUAAGGCUGUUUCUCGUGGUUUGACAGUAAACCAUUCGUGCGAGAGACAGCACAGCACAAUUUAAGUUCCUGAUCCACGAAAACACAAGCUCGGCAAAUGACAUUGGUUUUGCAACUAGAGGUUGAUCAAAAUAUUGAAAAUACAUUUUGCUUGCAUACAUAGAGGCUGCGCACUCCACUAGGGUCAGAGUAAGCUUCCUGCUGAAAUUAAAGUGUAAAGAGGUCGUCGAUUAACAUUUUGAACUAAAAAAACUGUUUGCCAAUUCUCGUUUUCUUUAAAUCGGAAAUUGUUCAUUGUUUGAGGUGGACAGCUACGAAAUAUGGUAAGAUUUAAAAUGCAAGUGCGAACCUUUGUUCUGCUCAUUGAACGUUUUGUUUGCCGAUGUUCUCGUUGCCGACGUUAUUUUUUCCCUUGGUUACAAAGAAAAGUAUAGAGUGAUAACAAUCCUCAGUUAAGUUCAUCUUCCAGACACAUCCGUAAAUUCAUCAAUCUUGCAUUUGUCUGAUGUUUUAUGCGUAGUAUUUUCACUAUUUACCUACGUGUAUAAUACGUCUAUGUCGUUUUGUUUUUGUCCCUGAGUAAGUCCCUUGCUGGGAACGACUACACGGUUUAGUUAAGUUCGUGUAUUUUAUGCAUCUUUUAAAGACAUCACUUAAGUCUUAGAACUUUCCCUGACGUUUUAUGCGUUCUAUUUUCGAUAUUUACCCAGAUGUAUGAUACGUCUAUGGUGCAUUGUUCUGCGGUUUCCCUAGGUAAAAGCUGCUAGUUAUAUACACAUUUUAGGUGGUCGGUUUCUCACGUCGAACUAAAAUUGAAUAUUUCCGUUUUAUAUUGAAAUUCCACUUGUUCGACGUUUCGAAGUUUGGAACAUCAUUUUUAAGGCAAAAUUAAAUGAAAAUUUCAAGGUUACGAAGGGAUUUAGAUGAGUGAAUGAUAAUUAACAUCUCUUUGCGUUUGUUAUACAGUCGAACCUCCCAGGUCGCAUACGGGAGGUGGUCGUUUAGAAGAGCUCAGGCCAUUCAUCUUUCGUUAUUCAACCCUGCAAAUUAAGUAUUGGUCCACGAAAACGAAAACCUUAGCAACUGACACUGGGUUUCUAUGUGAGGGUUGAUCAAAACUUUGAAAAUACAGUUAGCAAGUUUCAUUUAUGCAGGCAGCGCGAUCUAUUGGGGUAAGAACAUCCUUCCUGCUGAGUGUGUAAAAGUAACUGUCAAGUAAGAUUUUCGCUCUCCCAAACAUUGCUCACUGUUUACGCAAGUGCAAGCCAUUGCUUUGCUCAUUGAGUAUUUUUUUUGGCGAUGUCCUUGUUGCCGUUGUUAUUUUUUUUUUCCUUACUUACAAGGUCAAGUUGAGAACGAUUGCGCAGUUCAUCAGUUAUGUUCGUCUGUUUCAUGAAUCUUCCAGACACAUAAAGUCUGACAUUUUAGGUGUCUUAUCUAUCUAUUUACCUACAUGUAUAAUACAUUUCUAAUGAAUUAUUCUUCUCCCUAGGUCAAAACCUUUAGUUAUAGACAUUUUAAGCUAUCGGUUUCUCAGUUUGAAUUAAAUUUGAAAUCAUACCGUUAAAUACAUGCAUUAUUUGAAGUGACCCAUUGCUGGGAAAUGCUCAAAAUUUAUACAUGUAUCCUGUACCCAGAAAGACUCCAAAGGCUAUGUUGAAGCAUAAACUAAUGACUAAAGUUUCCUGCCGUGAUACAGUGUUAUCUGACAGCAUGUAAAUUCAGACUACUGAUUCGCGGAUAAGAAUUCGAUAAAAUUUAGCUGUCUAAGUAAUUCACGGACACUACUCCUGUGAACGGGUACGAGCGGAGUUGCUUCGAUCUUUCCGAGAUGAAAAAUAUCGAAAUAACUCUCAUCACAGUUUAAUUGAACAUGGGCUCCUGAAAGAUGAUCAAAACUUAAAACAAAGGUUAAUAAUUUAUGUGUCUUCAUUCAGUCGUAAACCGUGGCGUAUUUGUCACUGAAAUUCUGUGUUUUGGUUGUUUCUAUUUUAUCGUAACGAAAGUUACAAAGCUGACGAAUUUUCCUUCCGUACCAGACAAAACUUUUAAAUCCGCGAGGAACUCUCACUUACGACACCUAAUUAUUCCUAAACAAAUAGAAUUAUUGUUCCAGAGUAAUACCUGGUUUCUUACCUUUAAUUUGACAUGCGGUGUUUACCAUUCAAAGCUGUUAUUACCUAAAAUCCUAUACCUC